AUGCAAUUCUAUCGUCUCUUAUUCGUAUUUGCAUUAUUAACAUUAGCUAUUGGAUUAGCUAUUGGUGACCGUGAGAUUCGUCAUGACGGUUGCGAUAAUCAAUGUAAACCACAUGGAGAUGUUACAUCAUGUUGUCAAAAACCCCUUCCACUUGGUUUUUCUCAUGGUAUAUGUAAGGGUAAAGAAGCAUAUUGCAUAAAACAAUAA